UUUCAGGACGAGGAGAUGAGACCAUGGGACCUUUUAACACAUUUGGAGGAGAUGAGACAUUUGCUACGGAGUGUCGAAAGACAGAUCAGAGAAGAACCAGAUCCUCUUAUAAGGGAAGAUGUCUUGGUUUGUCAGAGCGAGAGAGAAUGGACAGAAGACGAGAGACUGAAAAUGGAGAAAUCUGCUUUACAGACUGAAUAUAAAAUAGAUGAUGAAACUAUUUAUAGUGAAUUUAAAACAAAAACCAGAAAACUGGAGGAAACUGAAGAAGAGCUAAAAAAUACAAAGAUGGAACUGGACAGCAUGUCUAAAUCACUGCAAUAUAAAGACAACCAGAUACAGAAGGCACAAAUACAAGUGAAGAAAAUGAAUGAGAUGCUGAGUGAGAAAAAAACCCAGCCGAAGAACACAGACAAAGAUCUGGAAACCAGUCAAAAUAAACUGGAAGAGAAGGACAUGCUGCUCAGAGAGAUGAAAAAAGAAUUGGAAAAAACAAAAAGGAUUUUAGAAGAGAAUCAGAAAUCAAUGAAAGACAACAACACAAAACUUGAGAACAUGGUGAAAGAACUGGAAACUAGUAAAAACAAACUAAUGAAAAGAGAUAAACAGCUUCAGGAGAAAGACAGACUUCUAGAGGAGAAAACUAAACAGCUGCAGGAACAGACAGAUCCAGAAUCAUCAGCCCCCAUCAGGAGAAGAAACAGCAUGGAAUUGGAACCUCAAACAAUGAUUGGAGAGACUCAGGACUCAGAAACACCAAUCAGGAGAAAAAGCAGUAUAGAGGGAGAUCGUCCAUCAUUGGGUGGAGAAUUUACUCCACAUUCUCCAGUGUCGGUUUCUGUAGCAUAACUGAGGCUGGUGCUGCUGGGGGGGACGGGGUCUGGGAAGAGUGCAGCUGGAAACAUUAUUCUGGGCAGAGAGGAGAGGAACCAGGAUUCAACAUCUACAGCUACAUCUACAUCCACCCAGCAGAGUGAGAGCACACAGGGGGAGGUGGCUGGGAGGAAGGUGACUGUGGUGGACACUCCUGACUGGUUCUCUCCUGGACUCUCUCUGGAGAAGCUGAGACAAGCUGUAGAACAAUCUGUCUGCUCCAGGACCCAACGCCUUCCUCCUGCUCAUAUCUGUAAAGCAGUCUACAGGAGAGAAGAGGGAGAUAAUGGAGAAUAUGGAGGAGAUUUUUGGAGAGAGAUGUUGGAGAAACACUAUGAUCAUAUUUAGUGUCACUGAUUAACUUCAGGAGGAAGAACAUUGAGGAGUUUAUCCAAUCAGGAAAUAAAGAGCUCCAGAGAGUUGUAGAGAAAUGUGGGAACAGGGAGGAGUGUGAAGGAGAGGUGAGGAUGGUCCUUAUGAAAACCAUCCAGCCUGAACUCCAUAGAUAUAUUUUGGCCUCAAAGACAAAGAUGGAGGAAGAGUGCAGCAGACAGAUGGAGGAGAAGCACAGAGAGCUGGAGACUCUUAAACAGAAAGUUUCAGAGCUCACAGAGAUUCUCAGGCUGAGGGAUGAAGUCUACAAGACAACUGUGAUGAGCUUAACAUAUCAGAACCAGCACCUGGUUUAAGAUGGAGUUACACUUCAUGUAUGUACUUUGGGUAGAAAUCUCACAUCAUGAAAGGAUUUUUUUUACUGUGAUUUACGAGCUACAUAACAGAACACAGAGCUAAAGACUAAAGUAAGUGUCCUCAUCACAUAAUUUUCAUCGUGGGAACCGAGUGCAAACAGUGCAAGACAAAGACUACACAAGAUCUAUGCAGUACCUGUGGUCACUGAAACACUCUUAUUCCCGUUCUUUUUUCAGUGUUUUUACUGUUAAAUUAUUAGUUAUAAUACGUAAUCAUCUGUCAAUCU